AUGAAUGUCGGCCCCGUGCCCCUGGCCCCGAAUAUGAGAAAUAUGAACAUGCAAAACCUGCGACAACCCUUCGCCAACCCCGGCCACAGCCAGCAGACGGCAGCACAGAAAAAAGCCAGAGAAGACCGCAAGCGCUCACACAUCAAGAAGCCGCUGAACGCCUUUAUGUGGUAUAUGAAGGAAAAUCGGCCCAAGCUGAUGGAAGAGCUGGGCUUCCGCGAGAAACAAUCCGCCGAGCUGAACAAGGAGCUCGGCCAGCGAUGGCACCGCUUGAGCAAGGACGACCAGGAAAAAUAUUUCACGAUGGCGAAGCAGGACAAGGCCAACCACCAGCUACAGUACCCCAACUGGAGUGCCCGCGAGAAUUAUGCCAUUCAUAAGAAGAAGAAGAGGAAGAUUGAGAAGACCGAAGACCUGAACGAGACGAAGAAGUGCCGCGCUCGCUUCGGGCUGACGAAUCAAUCCCAAUGGUGUGCGUUCUGCAAGCGGAAGAAGAAGUGCCAGUACGCGGGCGGUGUCGGCGAGGAGAUGACCUCCCGGUCCUCCUCCUCGACGGAGCCAUCCCUUCAUGGUGAUGAUGGUCAUCAUCUGAUGGCCAGUGAGGAUGAUGAUGAGAUGAAGCCCCCAUUCCUCUCUACCCAUCCUGGGGCUAUGCAAAUGCCCGGUGUCCCUCCAAUGUCGGAUGACAGUGAUAAUGAUGAGCUGGACGAGGACAUGGAGGACGACGACCCGACGCUUACCUCCACCCUUCUCGAGGGGGUCAACACCGACAUGCUGAGGCCG